AUGCAUUUCGGUGGGAUGGGAAGGGCUGGAGCAUCUGGGAAGGGCGCGCGCAAACCCCCCACCCACGACUGUGCGCACCACCGGCCUCCCGCCCUCCGCCGCCACUCUAGCUUGCAAAGCGGGGGUCCCAGGGCCCCCUGGGCGUACCGCCCCGGCCCAUGGGGCCUCGGGAUCCUCUCUGGCCCGAGAAGGGUCGGGAAGGCGGGGAAGGGACCGCGGGCGGAUCGAGCCGUUACCCUCGGUGAGCCGCGGGCUGCCCGGCUCCCUGCUUCUCUCGGCGGCCCCCAUGUCCAGCUCCGGGACAGGAGAGCGCCCUCCUCCUGCUCCGCCGCCUGCUCCUCCUCCUCCUCCUCCUCCUCCUCCGCCUCCUCCGCCUCCUCCGCCUCCGCCUCCGCCGCCACCGCCUCCGCCGGCCGCCCGGACUGCAGGGCUGCUGCGCUCCUCGCGGCCCGGUUCCGCGCCCGGCGCCUCCUUGGCCCCGCGCAGCGGUCCGCUCUCCAGCACCUCCCGAUUAUAGAAAUGGGACGCCGGUCAUCGGAUACUGAAGAGGAAAGCCGAAGUAAGAGAAAAAAGAAACACCGUAGACGAUCAUCUUCAAGUAGCUCUUCAGAUAGCAGAACAUACAGCCGAAAGAAGGGCGGAAGGAAAUCAAGGUCAAAGUCAAGGUCCUGGUCCAGAGAUCUUCAGCCUCGUUCACAUUCUUAUGACAGGAGACGCAGGCAUCGGUCAAGCAGUAGCUCUUCUUAUGGCUCAAGAAGAAAACGAAGUCGAAGCCGUUCAAGGGGUCGAGGGAAAUCCUAUAGAGUUCAGAGGUCUAGGUCAAAAAGCAGAACAAGAAGGUCCAGGUCAAGACCUCGCCCACGUUCCCAUAGUCGAAGCAGUGAAAGGUCCAGUCACAGAAGAACCCGCAGUCGAUCUCGGGAUAGAGAACGGCGUAAAGCCAGAGAGAAGGAGAAGAGAGAGAAGGAGAAGGAGAAGGGAAAGGACAAGGAAGUGCAUGGCGUCAAACGUGGGGAACCUGGGCACAUCAAAGCUGGAUUAGGACAUCUGCCACCAGCUGAACAGGCCAAAGCCAGACUACAGCUGGUUCUUGAAGCUGCUGCGAAAGCUGAUGAAGCACUGAAAGCCAAGGAAAGAAGUGAGGAAGAAGCAAAACGAAGAAAGGAGGAAGACCAAGCCACCCUGGUAGAACAAGUAAAAAGAGUAAAAGAAAUUGAAGCUAUUGAAAGUGACUCUUUUGUUCAGCAGACAUUCAGAUCAAGUAAAGAAGUCAAAAAGUCAGUGGAACCCAGUGAAGUGAAGCAAGCGCCUGCAGCACCAGGACCAGCAUCGGUAGCUGCCGAUCCGCCCAGUGUUGAAAAAGAAAUAGACCCCAGCAACAUCCCUACUGCCAUCAAGUACCAAGACGACAACUCUCUGGCCCAUCCGAACUUAUUUAUUGAGAAAGCAGAGGCUGAGGAAAAAUGGUUCAAGAGAUUAAUUGCUCUCCGGCAAGAAAGGCUAAUGGGUAGUCCUGUGGCCUGAGUAAUACGCAUAUGUUUGAGAUGACUGCAACAUUAGAAAGUUUAAAUCCCCGUAUUAACUUUUUGCUCUUAAAAAGAAUUUAGCUGAUUAUAUAAAAGGGUAAUCUCAUUUCAUUCUUUUCCCAUUUGGGUAAAGAAAAAAAUUUUUUUUUUUCUUUUGGUAGGCUUGACUAUUUGUUGCUUUGAAGUCAAGCAAACAUUGUGAAUUUUAAAACUAGUAUAAAGUUUAAGAUGCGUGAAAAUGUUAUACUGUUAAAGCUAAUCAUAAAAUAUCUGUGUUGAUAUUAAAGAUGUAAUGCAGUGUUUCUGAGUAAAAUUUGAAAAAAGUCAAGUUUUCCUUUAAAGAAUUUUGAUUAGUCAUGCAUAUAUAAGAAUCAAACAAUAUCCUGUAAAUACGAGAUUUCAUUUACCUUGUAUUAUAAAACCAUUUUUAAGCCUGUAUUUCACCUUUUUACAAAUUUUAGGCAUAAUUUAAAAGAAACACUAAUCUAAGAAUGAGCAUGUUAAACUUAAAAGGCUAAUACAUUUAUUUUAAACAUUUCUUGAAAAUUAAAUAAAUUGGUGAUUUUGCUUAGA